GGUCCGCGAAAGACCGGAGCGCUCCGCGGUCGUCAUUUGUUCACGAUCUGUCGAGCGGAGCACUUUUCAUCCCCGUAAUACAUUUCUCGCGCGUGUCGCGACUGACCGAUCUACCCUUAAUUAAUCCCCCGAGAAACUAAUGAGUUCGUUCUCGAAAAUUUUUAUCAGGAUCGAGCGAUCGAGAUCGAUCAGCGGGCACCGUCACUUCUGUGAGGAAAACAAUGAAUCAGUUAGCGACUCGAUGCUCACGCGGUGUUCGAUUUGAUGUGCCGGAAACCGAGAGGACAAUCGACAAUGUUGAGUUUCUGUGCGUUGCCUGAUGGGAAUUUAAUGCAGUGCAUAAUCAUGACUGUCAAGAGGAGAAGGAACGAGCCUCCUUAUCCAGGAUAGAAUCGUACGGACGAUUCGAUCGGUGACAUUACUGGUACUAAGCUAUCGAUCAGACUGAUGAAACGCGCGAAGUAUGGAAUUUUCGGAUCGGUAUCUCAUGAAGAUCGACAACAUUACGGAACUGAUGAACCUGAGCGAGUCCGAUUAUCUCAAGUCGAUCCUGGGACCGAAGCAUCUACCGCUGAAGCUUGUGCUGCCGAUCACCUUCGUUUACGUCGCGAUCUUCGUCACCGGCGUGUUCGGCAACGUGGUCACCUGCAUCGUCAUCAGGCGAAAUCCCGUCAUGCAAACCGCCACCAAUUAUUAUCUAUUCAAUCUAGCGAUAUCCGACCUGCUUCUCUUGAUUCUCGGAUUGCCCAACGAAUUAAGCGUGUUUUGGCAGCAAUAUCCAUGGACACUUGGAGUGGGUUUAUGCAAAAUACGAGCGUACGUUUCAGAAAUGUCGUCCUACGUGUCGGUGUUAACAAUAGUGGUGUUCUCAUUGGAGAGGUAUCUAGCUAUAUGCCAUCCCCUUCAUUUGUAUGCGAUGAGCGGACUGAAACGACCUAUACGAUUCAUCUUAGGCGCCUGGCUGCUGGCCCUCAUUUUCGCCCUACCCUUCGCCGCUUACACCACCGUCAAUUACAUCGAGUAUCCGCCAAGAUCGGGUCGCUAUUCCGAGGAGUCGGCAAUGUGUGCCAUGUUGUUACCAAACAUGCCAAAGUUCCCGCUUUACGAGCUCAGCUGCCUCAUAUUCUUCUUCGUGCCGAUGCUGUCAAUAGCGGUACUCUACGUGAGGAUGGGCCUGCGAAUACAGAGCAACGGUCUCGGGCACAGCAUCGAGGGCUCCGUUCACGGAGAGACGAGGCAGGCUCAAUCACGAAAAGCCAUCAUCCGAAUGCUCAGUGCGGUCGUGAUAACAUUUUUUAUCUGCUGGGCGCCCUUUCACGCUCAGCGCUUAUUGUACGUGUAUCAGGUGUCGGCCUUCAACGACAUUAAUGACUGGCUGUAUCCGCUGGGCGGUUGCCUGUACUACUUCAGCACCACCGUGAAUCCGAUCCUGUAUAACGUGAUGAGUGCCAAGUACAGGCUGGCGUUUAAGAAAACCUUGCACUGCACACCGGCGAGCCCGACUGUCACGAGGGACGACCUCAGCAGCAUGAAAGAUAGCACGGUAUGCGGAUGCGGGUCCAGAAGAGGGUCUCAGUUGAUUCGCGUGAGAAGUUUACAUUAUCAACGUAGCAUCAAAUGCAAUAUGUUGCACGCAAGCGCGAUGGCUCGUUCGCCGAUAAGACUACGUUACGACGACGAGGACGAGGACGUGAGUCACGUUUACGACGCGGAGAGAAUGCCAUGCGACUUCCUCAGUCCUGACACGCAGCCACAGGAUACAAAGAGAUCCUCCUUUAUCGCGCCUUCAAGUAACGGCAGGACGAAGUAUCGGUCGAGUGAAAAAACGAGAGACAGCGUCUCACCGAUCGCGGCAAACGAGACGUGUAUCUGAUCCCCGGUUUAUCCCUACGGGAAAAGGAAGAAGUGUUGCAGCGCAAGGAUCAUAAGUACCACUCGCGUCCUCCGUAAGCAACUUAUACCGUGUCGCUUCCGUACACGCGACGAGACUGACGUAACCGAUACCGCGCAUUAUCCUACGACGAAGGACAACUUCCAGAGACAGACGUGUCAGGAUGUCCUCCCCGAGGAGCGUGCCCGUAAGCGAGACGAGAAAUCGAGUUACGUGGAAAGUUACGUUUGAAUGAUGUUUUGAUAUUUCCUAACACACAAGCGAAUAUCGUGAAGUGUUCGCGAGCGAUACGUCGGACCGAGAAAAAUUUAUCGGUAUUGUUAAAUUAUAUACAUUGAUUUACUACGCAACAUUGAACGUUAUCUUGUCAGUGAAAAUUUCGCGAAGUUUAAUCGAAUUCCGCGCGUUAAUCAAAUGAAUUAAUUAAUGUCAGGCUUACUUCGCGCUAACGGUGGAAAUGCAUGAAUGCCAAAUUACUAAGUGGGAAGACGAAAUUCAAUCUGAUAGAACACAAAUAAGUCUUACAAUUGAUGUAUGCAAUUCUAAAUACAAAGGACGGAAACAGGGCGACGAAAAGAGAAAAACGAUGUUUUAAAACUUAAGCGAUAAUAAUUAAUAAAUUUUACGUUAAUCACAUAAUAGUGAUUCCUAAAUUAAUACAUAUUUUUCAAUUUUUUAAUAAUUAUUUUAUUAUUAAUGUUAUUUAAAAAAUAUCACCAACUCUAAUUUAUAAAAUAUAUGCAUUUCACAUUUUAUUUUUAUAAUAAUGAAAUAUAAUAAUGAAAAAAGCUUUCGUAAAUAAAAUUGCGGCAAAAAUAAUUUUUCUAGAAAAAACUUUUUAAGUUACAUUAUCUCUUUUCCUUCUUUGUGACUAUGCAUUGAGUGUCAUAUUGUAUGAUUCAAAAACGUUGCUUCUCGUCUCGUAACUCUAUUUCGUCAUUCAUGGAAUUCCUUUGUGGGAUAAUGGAAAAUUCUAUUUGAAGCUUUGCAUGCGUUUGACAAUUGUUAGAUGCGCAAAUGUGAAAAAACUGCAAGAAUACACGAAUGAUCCUCAUAAAAACAAAACGACACGAGGGAGACUAUCUAUUUUCAGAUCGUUCAAAGGAAUCGCCCGUACCUGAAGAAUAAACCCUCGAUAAUGAGAUACGGAAGAGAGCGAAGGAACAUAAAUUUCCCCUCGAAAAUCCUCGAUUCACCAUCGGAAAAGGUAUUGGUAGAUACUUAUUCCAUCGGAUAUACUCGAGAUAUCCUACUAACGGGUUAGAUAGGACACGCGUCUUGGACAGUCUCUGUGGACCCAGCCAACAGCGCGUUUGUAUGAUAAAACGUCUUGCGUAUGAAUAAUGUUCAAAGGAGAUCAACCAGAGCUUCGUUCCGGAUCGAACUUAGCUCUCGCUAUCUGGAGAAUAGACGAGCACGAAGUGAUUAAAGUACAGUUCCCGAAAUAAAGUUCGGAUUACAUUUCCCGAAAAGAAAGCUCAUUUAUCACGCACUUGUCGGAAGAAAAUAUUCGUGCGAAAUGUGCGUGUGUGCGUGCGUGCGUGCGUGCAAGGCGUAUUGGAGAAGAGGGCUUUCAUAAUGUAUUCGUACAGAAGAUUGCUCACAAGUUGUAUAUGCAAUAGCGAUUAAUCUUAAGGGAGAACGCUGGCGAAGGAAUUACUUUUCGUGCCUCAAAUACAAAAUGAGCGGUGCGCGCGACGAAUUCAAAUGCGACCGAAUGGAAGAGCAACAGGACGACCGGGGAUGAGAGAGAGGAAGACGGGGAAGAAGAAAAAAGGAGCAAAAUCAAAAUCGGGAUUCAGGCUGUCGCCAGAGGGGGCUUCGCUGUAAUCAGGAGAUUUUCAUUUCCAGAACGUUUCCCGGAUAAAAUGAACUGUCGCCGAGAUAUAUCGAAUAUCGAGACAAAUGCUCGUAAACCCGGAAGGUCCGGUUGCGGAACGUAUUUUUUUUUCUCGCCCUUUGCUCAUCCGCGGGCGGUAAACGCGGAGUUUCGAUUGGAAAUAUACAUACUUGCGCGCGAGAAGGGAAGCUUGCGGCACUUCCGCGCGAUUCAGCGUUGCCGCUAAGCACGACGGAACACUCGACUUAACAAUCUGUACAUUGUGAAUGUAACGACACGUAUGACAAAUAAAACUUGGCUUUCUAGUAA